CGUAACACACCUGGAUUCCGGAAGUGCCGUGACGUCAGCGGGAGAGGUGUUGGAAGGCAUGGCUGAGGAAUUCAACACAAAAAAAUCCUGCUCGACUUGAUUGGUGAUCGGCUCGCAUAUAUUCGUGUCGCCAGAGGCAAAGAGACACAGAGGACUUAAAUCUCUUCACACACACACACACACACACCUGAGGAGGACUGAGCAGGUGACUGUCAGAUUUAUUUACGGGAAGUUUUUUAUUAAGAAGAAAGUUUUUAAAGCUAUUCAAAGAUGUCUAUUUUACCCGACGAGGCGGUUUUUGCUGACUUCAGGAAGCAGUGUUUAUCAUCAGAGAACUGGGCCAACAAGUAUGAUAAGCACGGGAUACAGGUGUGGGUCGAGGUGUCUCCUAAAAAUAAAGACAACAACGUCCCUAAAGUGCACAAGAUCAGGUGUAAGAUGACCAUCAAAGAUGUCUCAGCCGCCACCAUGUACGACGUCCUUCACGACGGCCAGUACCGUAAGAAGUGGGACCCCGCCAUGUUGGAGAGUUAUGACAUUGCCCGGCUCUCUGCUAACGCUGAUGUGGGCUACUAUGCAUGGAUUUCUCCAAAGCCUAUAACCAACAGAGAUGUGGUGACUCUGCGUUCGUGGCAGGUGAACGAGGACGAGUACAUCAUCAUUAACUUCUCAGUCAAACACCCGAAAUACCCUCCUCGCAGCAGAAUUGUGCGGGCCGUCUCCAUCCUCACUGGCUAUUUAAUCAAGCCCAUCGGACCAAACAGCUGCACCUUCACAUACCUUUCACAAGCUGACCCCAAAGGUUCUCUUCCAAAGUGGGCAGUGAACUACGCUUCCCAACUCCUCGCUCCAAAGGUGAUGAAGUGUGUACACAAGGCAGGACAGAACUACCCAGAGUGGAAAGAGAAGAACUCUCCUGACCUGAAGCCCUGGCUGUACCCGGAGCAGAACACAUUGCCCAUGAUGGACCCUGCUGAACUGUCGAUACAGAGAGGCGACUCGCUAGAAAAUUUGGACGAGAGCUCAAAGGUGGAAGUUCAGCAGGACGGCGAGGACAGCAGUUAAAUCUUAUUCGAGUGAUUGAGUGCGGCAGAGAGAUCAGGAGACUGUAUAUACUCACACAUUCAAUAAGACUUGAAAACUCUGACUCUCUGUGAUGUCGCCCUGAUGCUCUUGAAUAUUUAUCCAGUUUUCCAAAUCAGUGCCUUUUGGGAUGAGCAAGAGCAUGAAGUGUUUACAGCUGUCUUUGCAGACGGAAAUGAGCACAGAUCAAGUUGCCAUUCACCUCAGUCCAUGUUGAACUAAGCUAAACAUCUCACCAGUGUUUGCCACCAGGCUUUUAAAACGUUUUUUGGGAACACUUAUUCGGCUAGUCCACCGACAGAUAGUUUAUGGAAUAUCUAACAGUAUUUGGAACAAUUCAUGACAUAUUCUCAAAAUAAUUUAAUGGGAUUUGAACUAGUCACGAAAUCUAUGCUGCAUAGGUCGAGUGACUAGUUUAAGUUCAACUAUAUUAUUCUGAGAACAUGUAGGUAUGUUCAUAAACCGGGGCCGCAUCAUUGCCAAGCUGGCAUGCGCCUACAGUGUACCAAGUAGGCAGAGUCUGCACACGAUAGUUAUCGUAGCCGGCAGAUACGCCAUACACGCUGCUAAAUUGCAGCAGCAAGAGCAGCGUUUAAGUCACCAUGACCACAUGGACCAAACAAGCACAAGUCAAGCUAGAUUGAUAAGACAAAGAAUUGAUGAAUGUCACGUCUUACUUCAUAUUGUGAACAUCGCUGUCCAUGCAGGCAAUUAUUUGGCAACUAUGAAAGCUACCACGUCUUGUGCGCUAGUGUUGUUUGUCCUGUCUGGUGACACUUACAUGGUGGCGGCCACUGGCUGACAGAUUACACUCUGUUUGAACCGUUUUCCCGGCCCUUGCCAUUCCAAUGGCGCAGGCCCAUUCUAUAGACAAUCUAGUAAACAUCUACAGAAUAAGAUGAAACGGUUCAAUCAAAUCUCAACCUAAAAAACUGUCAAAAUGUUACCAAUACUCUAUAUACCUUAUGUAGGCAGACUAUCCUAACUAAGUGUUGCCCCUUUUUGUUGUCCAAGUACAGGCUUGGAGGUGUCAGGUUUAAAUGUGUCACAGUUACAGCACUACAUUUACGAUGGGCCCUCCGUCACGAUGUUGUUUUAGUUGCAGCUAUGUAACAUACACACAUUUUAAAUGAAGAAAUGGAGCACGGUUGUCUACUUUGUCUUUACAAGUGACUGUGAAUAGUUAAAAGUAGAGUGAAGUGAAAUUAUUCUUUUCUUUGUUGAAUGUCAGAUAAAAAGUCAUUUUUUAUUUUGUUAAAUCACAUUAUAAUAUGGCUAGUUGCAGAUAAAACAUCCUGGGAUACCAUAAAAUCUAUUACAGUGAACAGUUCUGGGCAUCAACCUUGAAUCUGUUUUUCAGAAACCCAAAUUUUAGCGUAGUACAAAGAAAAAAGAAACUUCACAGUCACUAUAUUUGCUUCUAAUUUUUGGAUUUAAAUGUGAAGAUUUUUACUCAUGUUACUUCUAACCCUUGGGUAAUUUAAGUUAGUCAUGAUUAGUAAGCAACUGUGCUGUUUGUAUUCUCUAUGUGUAAAACAGGAAGUCAGUUUGAAGGUUCGUUGUGUUCAUUCAGAUGUUGUGCAAUCAAAGGGUUAAGCAAUGUAAUUCUUAUUAUAAGUUAUACAGACCCUGAACUUGUAUUGGCACUCAAGGAGGAGAUCAACUGUCGAUCCCUGAGGAUUAAAAUCUAGUGAGGUUGUAUUUACAUGUAAACUGUACAUAGUAAAUUUUAUCAUUUGAAUAUCUCUUUACCUGAAGGAUUAGAACGACCAAAAAUGUUUUAUUUUAUUUAUUUAUUUGAAGUUUCUGUAAGCUCAGGUGAAGGCAUGGUGGGUGGAGAAAAGACCAGGGAAUGAAGCCGUGCAGGCCGAGCUAUUUUGUUUUUUCUUCAUAAGAUAUUUCACAUUGAGAAUGUUCAUGGUCUUGACUUUUUAAAUAAACCUCACAAGGUUGAUGUGCUUUGGUAA